AGAGGCUUCUUGGGGUGUAAGUGGUCGUUUGGUAUCCUUAAAGCUGAGUAGAAGCGAUAUUCGAGCUAGAAAUGAAUGAUAUUGAUGAUGUGAUGAUGGUUCGUUAGAAGUGAUUUUUAUAAAUAUUGUUGAGCUCCUGCUAGUAUACUAGAACUAGUACCAGACGCAAAAUAUGCUACCUACAACCACCUAGUAUUCUAAUUUGUCGUGUUGAAUGAAAUAAGAGGUUUAACAAGCCCUGAAUUGCCUCUUAUGCAUGGAGCCAUGAAUAUUGACAAUCAUUUUGACUAACUGACGAACAGUAACGACUACUGCCUUGUAUGAAAUUUUCCUGGUUCUUUGAAGAUAAACUAACACAACGUGUAGAUAGUCAUAGUGCCUAAACGUACUAAAAAUCAGCAAAAUGGUGAUCGUGUAUGAAUACCGUGUGACACUGCGUAGCAACAUCGAUUUCGGUCCCGAGCCGGGUCUGGAGCUAACCCUGCUCUCGGACGAUGUGGAAACGGUUCAGGAGACUCUUGCCUCGAAUGUGAGGAAAGGUAGGAUGAACUACAAGGUCAACAUCAAGGGAUCUUCACAAUCACAACAACCUGAUGGGUCCUCGGCUUCGUCCUCCAGGCCUGCGCUUUUGAUGGGUAAUAUGAAACUCGAAGAUAGGAGUCGAGCUCGGCUGCAGCUGCGUCGACGUCGGGGAAUGCGACGGGGAAGUGUGAGCUCUGAUACUGCUGAAGCAGAAGCUUUUCGAGCGGAUCAUGUCAUAUUAGCAGAUGGAAUGCGGACGAACACGAAGAGCGGCUACGAUGUGAAGAUGGCUGCUUCGAGAACUCGGAAGCAGAUCCGUGCAGCAGCCCGGCCGUUGCAAGUACAAAGAGAUUCGCGAACGCGUCCCGUUGGAGACGGCUCUUCUUCCACCGUUAUCAAGAAUCCUACUUCUCAUAGUCAUGCUCAUGAUAUUGUCGAGGAGGAGGAGGACAAGGUAGUCGUUGAAAAUGAUAAAGACGAGGUCGCCGGUGCUGUGUCUGCGCACCACAUCGAAGAUAAAAAGCACGCUGCUUGUGAAGGAAAAGGCGAAGUCUCUUCUCCAGAAGUUGCCGAUGUUCUUUUUACGGAGUCUGCAGGCGCCGGCGCUCAUGGUAUUAUAGGUGCCGAUCAUGUUCUUGCCUCCCAGCAGGAGGAUAAGGCAGUUGAUGAUAGGGACAAAGGUAGUGCAUCGGAAGACGACGAUGAUACGGGUAGUUCUGAAGGCGCGGGUGCUCAACAGGGUGAUGAUGGUGAUCCCACCUCUGAAGUGCACGCUGAAUGUCAGAAGCCUGAAGAUGAGAUGCAACUCGUGUCUGAAAAUGAGGCAAUUAAAGUUAGCAGAAGGGAGUGUACUACUACAAGUAUGGGUCGCCAAAAAGAUCCAGUUGCACACUCAGACUGGGCCCACUGGGUUAAGGGGCCAGAAUCGGAUCGUCAGAGAAGGGACCAUAUUAAUUGGAAUGACGUGCACGAAAGGAUUUUGGCAUUCUCCAGUGAUGCUGCAAAUCAAGGUCAUGCUACAGCAGAUCUUCAUGGUCGUAGCAACAUGGAGGUGGACAAUAACAACCUCAAUCAGGAAACCGACUCGGGAGAAACGGGAGCUGGAGUCAAUAUGAAAAAUGUAGAUGAAGAUGUGAAUGCUGGUUUUCAGCUGGCGGGCACCAGCGCAGUGAAAGCAUACAGCACUAACGAAUGCAUGUUGCGACAGCAUCAUCAGCAUCAGCCAGAGACGCCAUCGCCUGAUCUCAAUGCCCUGGCUGCGACGGUGGACAGCACUUGGAUCGUUCCCGAUGCACGCGCCUAUUCGAAAGCCGUUUCGCAGACAGAGGCAGCAGCUCAUGUCGCGGCUCGGGCAGCUACAACUUCCUCUAUGAUUAAUAUUUAUUGGAACUUGUGAAUCUGAUUCACACCAGUAUCUACGUGUAGUUUGCAAUCUGGAAGUCGCACGUAAUGAAUCAAUCCAUCAACACUGAUACUGGUAGGUAAGUAAGAUAUGCUCGCUGGAAUGCUGGUUUUCAGCACGCGAUGCGGAACUUCUCAGGAUAGUGAGACCAUUAUACAUAGGUACUAGUUUGAGAUGCGUGCUGCAGUUUCUUUUAUAAGCUAGUAUGAGAUCUGAGAGACUAGAUUGACAGCGCUAAGGCGGUUGGCCGUCUAGAAGAAUCGCGGUCGCGUAGUGAUUCUGCGGGCGAAGCGAUCAAGACAGCGAACACUAGCGUACGUCGCAAACCAGAGAUAUGCGAUUCUUUAUUGAACAGCAGCAACAACAGCGAGAGCGGGUCUGAAGUAGGCGAUUUCUAUCCGGGACACCCGCAGCAUCUGCAACCGGAAGCGUUUGACGGCGAACAAAUCGUAUGGAACAUUCUUCGGGAAGUAAACCUUCCUUGUCGAGUGGCCAACACGAAGGAAGUUUAUGGACACUUUUCAUCGAUCCAGAAGGACUAUCAAUGCAGCUUUCUACACCCUGUAUUCUUCGGCUAAAAUUGGUAUUUGCAGAUGAAAAGAUGAAGAUGCAGUGAAUGUGAAACCUGUAUUGCCCAUGAAUGUAUCUUCACACGUGAAUGAGUCAUUGAAUCUAGUAAAACUCAUCCCACACCCACUAUGAUGUAUUCCACGUACUUAGAUAGGAGGUGGCUUCAUUGAAUCGCAGAGCUGCAAGUGUCUUGCAAUUUUGCUGAAAGGGGGUCGGGUUUUCAGCCCGCAGCAGAGGGGCUGCGCUAUUUCGACAAGUUUCUCCACCUUUUUCCGAAGUACAAGAUCAAGGGUGCUGCGACGUCUGAGCCGGAGUCCGUUUUAAGGAUGCAGCUGGUAAUAAAUUCGUCUUCACAUCAGGAGGAGCCAAUCUUCCGUCCUCUGUUUUGCUCUCCUUUGGAAUUCAUUCUGAGAAGCCCAACGAUGAGUCUAUCAAUCUUUUUAGAAUGGUCAACACUAUAUAAAUAAAGUUGUGUUUCUACUUACGGGAGGGCGAAAGCACGAGGGAGUUAGGAGUUGUAUUGGGAGCUCUAACUACGGAUGAGAUGCACGCUCUGUUGCAUGCUUUUGGAGAGCGGCUCCAGUAUGUCGGCUACACCAAGGCCUACAAAAUUCAAAAGUUCGCGAUUCCGUUUUUGCUGGCUGGCACUGAUGUGGUAGGAGUGGCGAAGACGGGUUCGGGGAAGACACUAGCCUUUCUUUGAGGCUCAACUUUUAUUGGUCACUGAGAGUGGUCACUGACACCGAAGAGGAGACCCCUUGAGAGAACAGGGGAAAACAGGGGGACGAGAGGCAUGGGGCCCUUCCCGUUCAGAGUCGGUGACCAAGAAUGAGUGUCGACCUUUAAUUUUUGGUUCCGGUGAUGGCGCACAUCGCUAUCAACUCAAACUGUCGCGCUCUUGUCAUGGGGCCAACGAGGGAGCUCGUGCAGCAGAUUGGUGCGGUGGCACAGAGCAUACAGCACACAGGCCAUUCGGCAUGGCCAGCUCUCAGAACGGGCAUCUGCUUCGGUGGUGAAAAGAAAGAGAAGCAGCUACCGUAUACUUCUUAAUGAACUAUAAUAUUCUGAAUAUAACCCAACAAACUACAGAAAGUAGUAGAAUUCUGAAUAUAACCCUACAAAAAAAAAAACAGAAUCGUAGGGGCAGUAGCGUAGUUUGUUAAGGAGAUUAAGAACUCCCCCCUAUGCCGGUAUCCACGCGGAAAAUACGCAGGCAGGUCCUUCACGGAACUCGCUCGCGAUACAAAAAAAAAGUAGUAGAACUACUUGAAUUGAAAGUAGUUCUACUACUUUCUGUAGUUCGAAUCAAUGAUGAGAUUUUAGAAGCAUUUAUUCACGACGCAGGCCAGUAGUACACCUGGUCUUUUCUUGACUUUCCUUGACCUUGAGUAUCAAUUCCCUCUCACGUGUUCGUGCUAAAUCCUUUUGUCUCUUUAGUUGCUAUUACACUUGCUUGGACUCGCAAAGCGUGUGAAGCAAUCGCUUGCGGUGCAAACUACCUUGUGAUGGUGCCACUAUUUGCUCAGGUACACAAGGACAGCCAGUACCGAUUUCACAAGCUAUUAUCAAUGCUCAGGUACAUAAAGACAGCGAAUUUGUGGGUUGGCACGCCAGGUCGCGUACGCGAUUACAUCGAGUCUGGGGAAAUCGGAUGUUACAAUAUUACCUUCUUAGUUUUGGACGAGGCUGACAGGAUGUUAGAUGAUCAAGGUUUCGAGGAGGACCUCUACUUCAUCACUCGUGGCUUCCCGAAGAAAUUUCAGUGCUGUUACUUCAGUGCAACCUGGGGAGGAAAGGUAGGAAUUUAAAAUGUCAUUUUUUGUCUUGUUUUACUACAAUUCAUUGCGACUUCAACGUCGUUGUAGGAUACUAUGAAUACAGUUAGACCAGUUGGGUGAUAGCUUCAAGUAGUAAUCCUCUUAUGGUGAUUCAUUGUCUCACUUGUGGCAGGGGAUGACCAUCCAAGACUUAUGAUGAUGAAGAAUAAGUUUCCCGACUAUCUUCUCCGAUUGUAUAUCUUAGGUUCAGCCAUUGGUGCAGAAGCACUCGCGUUCCAAUACUGUGGUUGUGUUGCGGUGCGACCAGGCUGGCGGAGAGUCCCUGAACGCGAACGAAAACGUCACUCAGGAAGUCCUGUUUGUAUCAAAUGAGGCGAAGGCAGGCUCCUCCGACGCGCAAAUAUCACCGGAAUAUCGUCGGCGAAAUCGAAAAAUAAAAGCAGUGGUGAGUCCUCUUUUUCUGUAUAUGAUGAAAAGACCGAAUGUAAUCAUCCUGCGUGAACCACAUGCAUCACAGUUUUUUUGACGGUCAAGGGGCCGUCACGACCACUCGCAUGUCUACGCUUGCAGGUGGAUAAGUCCAAGAGUAUGUUUUUUUUUGCCCUCUGGUGGUGCGCCGUGCUGUCAUCUUUUAUUCUAAAUUACACGACAAGUGCUUAAUACCCGCUUGAAGAUGGACGAAAACAUCACCCGAAGAUAUCAUGAUAUCUUCCUCGUUGUUCUUCAGCAAUGAUCUACUCCGUUGUUAUUUAAUUGAGUUGUUGUCUUCGAUGCAGGUGAAGCAUAUUCGCAACUGUUUUGCACUGGAGCCGGAGAGUAAGAUUCUGAUUUUUGUGAACACGCGGAUGGAUACGGAGAGUCUGCGCGACCGACUCAUGCGGUACAUGGACUGUCACGAUAUUCACAUUAUGCAUGGGGGACUUUCGCAGCCACAGCGCACUGGGAUCGUUCACAGUUUCAGGACGGGGGCAGUGAAGGUAUAACUCAUUGCGUUCUGGUGAAGUGCAGUGAAGGUAUAACUCAUUGCGUUCUGGUGAAGUGCAGUGAAGGUAUAACUCAUUGCGUUCUGGUGAAGUGCAGUGAAGGUAUAACUCAUUGCGUUCUGGUGAAGUGCAGUGAAGGUAUAACUCAUUGCGUUCUGGUGAAGUAGUAUUUCCUGUUCAUUCUACUCCUUUUUCUUUUACUUCCCACCAGGUCAGGGUCGUUCCGUAUUCAAAAGUUGUCUCGGUCGUCCUUUACCGUCUCUACAUCUUUCUAGUGAUAAAUACAGCGAACAAAAAUUAUCACUCUUACUUUUUUUGCUUUCAUAGCUACUUCUCAACUUGCUUCAUUGCUGCUUCUCAGCUUCUUGUCCUGAUUCGAACACUUUUACCAAUGACUUUUGCUUUAUCCAUCCCGAGCAAGAUCGUUGUUACAACAAGGUCUUGAUAACGACCGAUGUGCUAUCGCGUGGAAUCGAUAUUGAGAACGUGUCCCACGUAGUAAAUUUUGAGAUGCCAGAGCCUGACGACUACGUUCAUCGGAUUGGCCGGACCGCCAUUACGAAUCAAUGUAUAAUUGAAUUUCAAUUCGUCAUCAUGCUUGUAAUUCUGGCACUACCGGAUGUUAGAAGUAUUUUCGAGCAGCUUCAAGAACGUCAACACUUCUUCUAUUUCAUCCACAGAUCAUCUCAUAUCUGGUUCUCUCAUGCCGCUUACAAGAUGUUGACCACGAAGUGAUCGAGUUUAGAAUUAUAAAUUGUAUCGUCUUGUCGAUGAUCAAGAAUGUUCACUUGAAACGCAUGAACAUGAUGAUGAGUAGGCCUGUAAAUAUUGAGCUCUAAAUCGAGAGGGACCGAGGGGACCGGAAAUGCGCUGACAUUCUUCGAGUAUUCAGCAAAGUCUUCCGCACUUCCGCGUGAGCUGAUGAAUAUUUUGCUCAUUAUGGUGGCAUAUUUUUUGAUUUUUUAUAUCACUGUAAACUCACUCUACGUCUACAUGAUUAAAACGAAAAUGAAGAUGAAGAUGCUGUGAGGACCAUCUCAUUCAGCAUCUGUUCGUCAAACCCGAGCGGAAAUAUUUCCUGCUCCGGUGAAAGAAGAAUUAUAUUUUUGCUUAGAAAGCAUGUACUCUUCAGGGAAAUUUUAGGUGAUCUACCGAAUAGAUUCGCAGCACUAUCAAAGCGCAUUUUUCUACUGUGUCUUGUUUCGUUACUAGGUCUUCGUUCCGCUAACAAAAGGGCGAAGCAGAACAUCCCGGACACUCUGGAGAGGAUGGUGAAAGGGAUAGGCAAGCACGGUGCGCGAUUUUAUAACCAACCAGACUAUGGCGAGUUUCGGCAGUUCCUGAUGUAGCGCUGAAGAAAUAUUUACGAGGGCUCUUUAGCAGGGUCGUCAUCGAGAAAACCCUCGAUUGAAGUAUGAUGAAAGUCCCACCAAUGUAAGAAGGAGCUGCCUGUGCGAAGGAGCUCUAUAAUAGUAUACAUAGAGAUCUAGCCAACAAAGUAGAUUCUGAUUUUCUUCUUUUUUGGUCAUUUCCUAGUUGUAGUUAGGUUGGGGGCUCCACCACUAUUAGAUAGAGAUCUCGCCAGUGGCGGACCAGGAGACUGUCCGUCCUCGCAAGCACAAUUGCUUGUUACCGUCGUGGUCGUCUAAGUAUCUUCUUUGCGUUUGCAGUUGAUACAUCACAGUGCUAAACGUCUCAUCGGUUUUGAUUUCGGCUCUAGGAGCAUUGCCCUGCACUCGAUGGGCUGCCACAUACUAUGCAUUAGUGGAACUUCUUUCCUAUCGAAAAUACUUCUUGAUGUUGACUGUAUCUAUGUAUACGUUCUUGAUCAGAAUUUCAAUUACUGACCCUUUACUAUAUCUCAACCUCAUAUCUCAACAUAGUUGACGAAAAUAAUCAAGAUCAGAACGGUCCAAUAAAUCGAUUUCGAUUAAUUAGUCGUUCUUUCAGAUAAUACGCAUAUUUGAACUUCUGCAGCGUUCGUUUUAUUGUCAGGCCCCCUUGUUUCCUGAGACUCUUGUCACACGAUCCAGCUACCGUGACGUCCACAUAGACAGAGUUUGCGUUUGUGAAAGUGAAGUUUAGAGUUCCGAACUUGUUUCUUCAUCUACUUUCUGAUGAUAUUAUUUCCAUAUUCUCGGAAAACGAACAAGUAGCACAACAUCGUCCCCACCUCCCUCCACCGAAUCAUAGACUUUUCGUGAUGUUGCUUGUUAGUACACACUUUUCUCUUCUAUAUCUUCCUCUGGUCUGUCUUUUUUCUAGUUAGGUCGGCUCCACCAC